AUGUACUCCGUAUAUAUUGAGACGAUACAAUCGGUUCUUGGAAAGAGUAACGCCUACAUUGCAUGGCUGGAUUUUGCCUUUGUAUCCUCCAAGCUAGGUACUUUGGCAUUUAGCUUGGUCGGACUCGCUCCAUUUAUUCCAUGGAACUUCCUCGUCGCUCUCCUCGCCCCCCUCCUCCUUCGGCGUUCCAUUCAAUUCAUUGAAGAAUUAAUCGCAAUCGCUUCUCCUCGCAUUCCCGAAGCCUUUCCUCAGACUGCCAUCGAACCCUCGGCCAAGUCUGUCACAUGUUCCUCCGUGCUCAAUUACCAGGGGAGGUCAACCUUUUCCUCCGUCGUCAUGGCCGGCAAUGGCCAGUCGAGAUGGGCCGAUACCGAGGAAGAUGUUGAACUUAAGGCGAGGCUCAGGAGAGAGAAAGAAGAGAAGCGACGGAACAAAGCGUUGAAGGGGCACCAGCUCAGGAGAGACGAUUCACGCGCAGCCCAUGUAGCCUUGCCAUGCAGCAGCAGCAGUGAUGCCCAAUGUGAAGAAGGCAACGCUGGCCGAGAUGCAAAGCGACGUAAAAUCCCCCCCCAGCCGCAGCCGGCCGAAGGACGCGAUAGAGAUGGACAGGAGAAUUCUUCCGUGGGCAAGAAGCAGAACCCGGCCGCGAACAUGCUUCGGUUCGAGGCCGGCAGCUGGAGCACGAGCCGAAAGGUCGAACUCUACGAGAAGCUCAACGACAUCGAGGAGGGCACCUAUGGAUGGGUCGCACGGGCAACGAGCAAGGCCACGGGCAAGAUCGUGGCCCUCAAACGGUUGAAGACCGAGCCGCACGAUAGCGCAGGCCUCCCCGUGACUGGUCUCCGGGAGAUUCAAAUCCUGAAAGACUGCCACCACCCGAACGUUGUUGGCCUGGAAGAAGUCGUUGUUGGGGCGAAUUCAUCGGCGCUAGACAGCUCCAUAUACCUCGUCCUCGAAUUUGUCGAGCACGACCUGAAAGGUAUUCUCGAGGACAUGCCCGAACCCUUCCUCGCGUCCGAAAUCAAGAGGCUCCUUCUCCAACUCAGUUCGGGCGUUUCCUAUCUUCACGACAAAUGGAUUCUCCACCGAGACCUCAAGACGUCCAACCUCCUUCUCAACAACCGCGGCCAGCUCAAGAUUGCGGAUUUUGGCAUGGCUCGAUACGUCGGCGAUCCUCUGCCCACCAAGCUCACCCAGCUCGUCGUCACGCUCUGGUAUCGCGCUCCCGAGCUACUCCUCGGUGCGAGGGAGUAUGGGCCGGCCAUCGACAUGUGGAGCAUCGGCUGCAUAUUCGGUGAACUGAUUACCCGAGAGCCGCUGCUGCAAGGGGGCAACGAAAUGACUCAAUUGACCAAGAUCAUCGAGCUCUGCGGCAUACCCAGCGAAACCUCGUGGCCCGGAUUUCGGAAACUACCGAACGCGCGCAACCUUUCGCUGCCGCCGACGGCCUUGUCGGCAACCUCUCUCGUCCGCGCUCGGUUUCCUGGCAUGACCAACGCCGGCGCCAACCUGCUUGGCGAUCUCCUUUCCCUCGACCCGAGCCGGCGCCCUUCGGCAAAGGAGAUGCUUCAGCAUGAAUAUUUCCACCAAGACCCGAAGCCGAAACCGGAGAGCCUAUUCCCCACCUUUCCAAGCAAGGCGGGCCAGGAGCGCAGGAAGCGACCUGAGCCGCAUGCGCCGGCCAGAGGCCAGACAGCCACCGCCUUGAGCAACCUGGAUUUGAGCAUCUUCCAGGGCAGAGAAAACGAGGAGCGAGGCGCAGGGUUCGUGUUGCAUAUGCUGUAG